GGCGGAAGUAGUUAGGUCGAACACGACCUUGUCUUUGUCUGUAUUGUUAGCGAUGGAAGAAACACUAGACUUCAAGUGUACGGAUGUCGGAGUUUGGAAGAAGGCUCUGUCUUCCUACGAAUCAAGAAUCGAGUCUCUCAACAAACCAGACCUCGUCUCUCUCGACCAGUAUUACCGCGUCGAGCUCCCUCGUCUUCUCCAUGACCGUGACCCUAACCCUUACCUCACCACCUCCGAGCUUUCUCAGCUCAUGAAAUGGAAGCUCUCUCGCGGCAAAUGGAGGCCGCGUCUGCUCGAUUUCGUGUCGUCUCUGGAAGAUUCCGUGGUGAAGUCUGCUUCUGAAAAGGCGUUUAAAGCUCUCCCUGACAUCUCCAAGGCUGUUAACGAGCUCACUGUUCUUAAAGGCGUGGGUCCCGCCACCGCCUCUGCUGUUUUGGCUGCUUACGCGCCUGACAUUGCUCCGUUUAUGUCCGACGAGGCAAUGGAGGUGGCUCUUGGGAACUCCAAAGAUUACUCUUUGAAGCGAUAUUUGUUGUUUGUCACUAAGCUACAGGAUAAAGCAAAGGAGUUAAAGAAGGAAGGAGAGUGGGGUGGACCUUCAGAUGUUGAGAGAGCUCUAUGGAGCUGUACUGUGCGUUCUAAGUCAAAAGACAAAAAACCAGCCGAGAAGAGCUCAUCAGGGAAGAAAAGAAAACGUCAAGGAGUUACUACUAAAGAAGAAACCCUGUUGUAGUAUGUUCAUUUAUCAUCGUCUUCUUUUUUCAUAAUCUGGACGAGAUAUCUAGCAGAUUUGUCUUUCCCCUUGUUUGGUAACUUUCGUCUAAUUCGAACUCUAUCCAUUUUAAGCGCUACCAUAAAUGGCUUUGCAAGUGUUCCUCUACUUUAGUAAUAGUACUAUAGUU